UGGUUUACAGGGUAGCACACUUUCACCGGCAUCGUGAGAAGGUGCUCGCUGAAAAUCGACACUUCUUUUUGAGGCUUGUGCAGGUUCCCGUCAGCUUCACUACUUUCCACGCUUCAAAACGCCAAUAAAGGACGCUCCAAAUUUUGCCAAGAUAUUACUGCUCGUUGGUGUUUUGAGUUUAGUAGAUAUCCACCUGCCGCAGCUGAGACCGGACUCGAACCCAGAUCAACAAAAGACCAUCGAACCAACCAGAGCACGAUGGAGAGAUCCAGCAGCCAGUAUGACUCCUUCCUGUUCUGGCGCCAACCCAUCGCCGAACUGGACCUGUCUGAGCUGGAGGACUUGGGUCUGAUUGCGCCGGCCAGCAGCAGCAGCAAGGCUAAAGAAGAGAAGUCCAGUCUGAGGACUAGUGAGGAGCAGGACGAGCUAGCUGAGUUUACGUCCUUCAACUACUGGCGGGCUCCGAUCGCAGACGUGGACGCGCUGCUGGCCGACCUCAACCUCCUGCUGUGACCUGUCACAACCACAUGUUCCGCUUUGAGUUCCAGAUGCCACUCCACUUUAUUUAUUUCUCUGUGCCUUUUAUUUAUGUCCUGAGCUGCGCUCACUCGCACCAUCUUUCAUUGAUGCACCCUGUGUAACUGUGGGAAACUAUUUUGUCUCUUACGAAAUUUGCUAUGUUUCAUUUAAAGCCCCGCUUUGUUUACAUUCUGCUGUUCGCAUCGAUGGCUUUGCAUUUUGCUGAGUUAGUGGCGACAAGUGACCCGCCAUGAAUGUUUGAAACACAAUAAAAUUGUCUUCGUCAAACCGUGAUUUUGAGGUAUUUGCUGCGACCAUGAAGAGCCCUACACACAAACAAUAACACCA